UGAUUUUAGGAUGCAAUAAAAAACAAUGUCAACAACCAGGCGCUGUCUACUUUGUCGAAUAUAAUUUCAACGACAUCAAGCAACCUUUGAAUCACCAAUAUCAUACUCCAGUUCGAUAUAGUACUAAAAAACAAAUUGGACCAGUGGUUAACUUUGGCCAAAAACACGUGCACAAUCUCAGGAAACCGUUUUCUGUUGAGAGGUUGAAAGCUUCUUUGCAAAAAGCCAACUGGAAAGUCCUGAGAAGAUAUCUGAAUCAGCGAGUUCCAUCUCUGAUUGGAACUGUCUCAAUUGAUAACUUCAACGUACGAUUGGAAUCGAAUUUGAGGUUACUUGUCAAAUCCAUGACUGGUAUGCUUGUUGGAGAAUUAUUUGUACAAUUGGAGCUGGGAAAAGACAGGGCAACAUUCGGGAACUUUCUGUUGGGAGAGAGAAUUCUCGCCUUUCCAAGCAAACCAAUCAAUCAAGCUUGUGUGGAAAUACAAACGGAAACGUCCAUGAGUCAAGAUUCUCUCAAUAAUUGGACCUCAUACACUACUGGCCCCUCUACAACUAACCUUGAUGAUGAUCUUCCUAAACAAAAUGCUGGAAAAAGCCAUCAAUUUAUCAUUGAACUAGAUGAAUUGACCAACCAUUCUACUCUACUCAAAUCAGGAAAAGAUGAGGCCUGCUACAUUGAUUACAAGUUCCCUGAACUCGAUGAGAAAACUAAUAAAAGUGAGUAA